CUUUUUGCUCGCACUUUGGACCCGUUUCUUUUUAGGAUUUUAUCAGUUUUACAAUAAUUCAAGUGACCAUCGAACGUGAUAUUGCAUCUGGAACGAGAUUUCAUCAGUUUUAUGAUACUUAUUAUAAAUAUAAGUGACCAUCGUACAUGACACAGCACAUCUGCAUCUGGAACGAGAAGCAUCACAACAAUACCACUUAACUUUGCGAAAAUGCUCUUAUUCACUUUGGCGUUUGUCCUCUUUGUGGUUUGGUUUAUCAAUGAACACGUUAAACAUCGACCACCAGGGCCCAUCCGGCUUCCCUUCCUGGGAAAUAUGCUCCAACUCUCGCAAGCCAACCGGAAAGAAGCCUUUACGCACAUCAUGUUACAAAACUGGUCGAAACAGUAUGGGCCCGUUUCCAGCAUGAAGUUUGGAAUGUUGGAUCAAAUACUCGUUGAUGACACCACACUGAUCAGGGACAUCCUUCAAUCCGACAUCUGGGGGAAUCGACCUAUAAAUGAGUACGUAUUGGAGAGGUCUUAUGGAAAAUCAAUGGGCAUUUUAUGGAGCAGAGGUGAUACGAAUAAAGAACUCCGCCGAUUCAGCCUCCGUACUCUGAGAGAUUUCGGUUUCGGGAAACAAAAGAGCCAAGACGCCGUGAUGGAGGAGGAACUGCGUGAAUUGAUGAGUCGACUUAACUCCAAACUGGAAUCGGAGGGGAAUACCGUCUGCAUGCAACAGUUUUUUAACAUUUCAGUCCUCAAUAUAAUUUGGAGCAUGGUUGCCGGAGUUCGCUUCAAUCACGACGACCCCGAAUUUGUCGUCCUUGUCGCCAACCUUAACGCCACGCUGAGAUUGGUCACCGCAACGGGAAACAUUAUGCUAGCUUUUCCAUUUUUGAGUUCCAUUCUGCCUAAACUGACCGGUUAUGGGGAAGUGAGGAAGAAGUGUAUUGCGAAAUUCCAAGAUUUGUUUAUGAAUUUGCUAAAAGAACGGAGAGACCUAGGUCAUUACAAAGAUGAUCAAUUGGAUUACGUCGAUGUCUUCAUUUCAGAAAUUGAGAAGCAUAAAAAUGACCAACUUUCCUAUAUUUACACAGAUGAACAAUUCGUGACCACAAUUUUGGAUUUAUUUGCUGCUGGGUCCGAGACGACCUCAAACACGUUGGAAUUUUCAAUUCUACUCAUGAUUUUACAUAAAGAUGUGCAAGACAAAGUUAGAGAAGAGGUGGAUCGAGUCGUGGGCAAGGAAAAGUUUGCGAAUUUUACGGAUAAGCAAGACAUGCCAUAUACUGAGGCUACUAUUCUCGAAAUAAUGCGAGUCUCUAGCGUCGUCCCGUUAAUUGUUAGAACCAAUUCGGAACCUACGACGGUGGGGUCGUACAAACUUCCCAAGGAAUCAUUUGUGAUUCUCAACACGUACAGUGCACAUCGAGACCCAAAACUCUGGAAUAAACCUGAUCUCUUUAAUCCGGAAAGAUUUCUGGAAAAUGGAAAAGUUGUAAAUGCGGAUAAAUUGAUUCCAUUCGGAUUGGGAAAACGGUAUUGUCUCGGAGAAGUACUUGCAAGGGCGACCCUGUUCACCUAUUUUGUCACCAUGAUUCAAAAUUAUACCUUUUCAAAAUCUGAGGAUCAUCCUCAAACAUCCCUGAAGGGUAUUCCAGGCCUCACCCUUUCCCCACAAAAGUUUUAUGCCGUCAUUAAACAGAGAACAUAGAAAUAUUAAUCAACUUACGCAAAAUAAUCUGUCAAAUUAUGUAACAGUAAAGUUUGUCUACUGAACACGACGUGGUGUUCACAUGGACUUGCCAACUAACU